ACAAGAAAAAACCGGUUUAAAAUAUUUUUCUCGACCAAAAUUGAAUUCAUUCAACAAGUAAAGUUCAAUGCAAACGGAUAAAAUCGCUGCAAAAAUGAUUGUUUAUUAGAAAAAGCUAAAAACUGUAAAAAAAUCUUUCUGUACACAAAACGAGUAAAUAUGCAAAAGCACUUUAAGAAUGCAGGAAGCUGAUAUAAUAAAACAAAAUACAAGGCUCCAUGUGGAGUGAACAGAAAAUUAAUACCAGGAUAUAAGUGGUUGAGUAGUAAAAGCCACAUUGGACCCCUCACGUUUAAACACGCAAUAGCUUUAUCUAAAAACGUUUUUCCUCGCACGAUAAAAAAAAAUAUUUUACACAAACUUAUUCUUUUUGGGUGUAUAUAAAAGAUUGUUUCUCCCAAAAGCGUUUCUAUACGGUUAUAACCUUCAAAGAAAAUGUGUCUAUCAACAUUAAAGAAAGGACUACCAAAUUUUGGAGGAUACAUCUUAUUGUACACAAUUUUAUUAACGGCAACCUGUUUAAAUCCCCGAAUUAAAACCGUUGAAGCAGCUGGGACAACGGAUGAGUGUCAAUUAACGCCGGUAAUACAUGUUUUACAAUAUCCAGGGUGUAUUCACAAACCAAUUCCAAGUUAUGCAUGUAUAGGACGUUGUGCGUCUUAUUUACAGGUGUCUGGAAGUAAAAUCUGGCAGAUGGAAAGGUCGUGUAUGUGUUGUCAGGAAUCAGGGGAACGUGAAGCUUCCGUUUCACUGUUUUGUCCAAAAGCUAAACCUGGUGAGAAGAAAUUUAAAAAGGUGACCACAAAAGCCCCUUUGGAAUGUAUGUGCAGACCUUGUAUUGGAUUUGAAGAAAGUGCAGUUAUACCACAAGAAAUAGCAGGAUAUACGGACGAAGGACCUUUAUCAAACCAUUUCUUAAAAUCAACAACUCAAUAAUAAACAUUAAAAUAGACUAUUUAUUUAUUAUUAUUUAUUUAUUUUUGAGCUAAAAAUAUUUAUGAAUAGGAUGAAAUUUUGUGUGCUUUGAUUGUUUUAAACUUUUGAAUACAAUUUUGUGAAUGUUAUUGACGUUUUAAGCUGUUAAUGUGAUAAUAAUAACGCCAAAUUUAUGUAA